CCAGCGCGCGCUUAGACCUGUUACACACUAAUACACACACACAAUAAUACACACCGGACUGAGGAGCCUCGCGGAGAGCGCGCGGACUACCGCUGGAGGAUCUACAGUCAACAGACACACCCACACACAGUAUGAACAUACAGAAGAGCCAAUCGGAGACUGGCCUGACGCCCCCAUGGAUUGCCAGACUGGCUGGAGGUGGACAGAGCCCCGCCUCCUCAGGGGCGGAGUCAGACACUGAGGGCAGUAGCACUGAGAGCGAAUGGUCUCACAGCCGACGCAUCCUGACCACACCCACUGCAGUACAACAGCGAAUCACAGAGCUGGACCAGCAGAGGGCGGAGCUCAAAUUAGAGCUGCAGGUGGAGAUAGCUCUGCUGGAGGGGGAGCUGCAGGUGGAGGAGGAGUGUUUGCGUAAACACACUGCGCAGCUGCAGACGCUGCAGGAGACCAGCAAACAGAAACAGAUGCAGACGCAGACCAUCAUACAGCAGGAGCGUGAACAGCUGGAGCAGGAACGCUUGCGGGUGGAGGAGCUGAAGAAGAGGUGGGCGGAGAAUAAGGAAAAACUCCACACCUGUCCAGAAAUUGAGAGAGAGCAGCUCAAGGUCCAACUGCAGCAGGAGAAGGAUGUGUUGGACAGUGCUGUUCGGGUGUUUGAGGAUUCAGAGUUCCGUAUGCUGGAGCUGGAGAGCAGCCUGGAUGAAGAAACCAACCACGGAGAGACGGAGCGAGAGAUCGGCCGAGAGACACACGCCAUCAACACAGCACGGGAGCGAGUGCAGGUGUUGGAGCAGCAGUUGAGAGAGAUGGAGAAAGAGAGAGAGAGAGAGAUGAGUUCACUCCGACUGGAGAAGAGAGAACUCCUCCACCAAUCACAGCGGAUAUUGAAAGAGAACAAAUCUCUGGCUGAUUGGUCCAGACACACUGGCUCCGCCUCCAGCAUGACAUCACUGCCUCCACCGUCCUCUCAGAAGGCAGCGCAGGAUUCGCUGAAGGAUGCGUCCAGUUUACCCCGCCGACGCAGUUCCCACCGCAAACCUGCGGACCGCCCACUCUCCGCACAAGUACUGAAGACGUUUCCGGACAUGCUGGGUCAUGAAGUUCAGACUCCUCUUCCUCAUCCCGCCCACAGACUGAGUAACGGCAGCGUUAAAGUCAGGCACAAUGUUAGCGCUAAUGCUAAUGGAUACCUGACACCAUGUAACAGCACCAGCAGCUCCAGAGCAGCCAGUCCCAGUCUGUGUUUGCUGGACCUGGUGGAGAUCGAGAGGAAGCUGAGGGAGGCUAAAGCUGAGAGAGAACGCUUACUGAAGGGGAGAGAAAAGCAAAGGCAGAAGGAGACACAGGGGGAGCUGGAGACGCCAAACACACACCCCAACACACACCCCAACACACAGCCAAACACCCAGCCAAACACACACCCCAACACACAGCCAAACACACACCCCAACACACAGCCAAAUACACACCCCAACACACAGCCAAAUACACACCCCAACACACAGCCAAACACACACACUCACACACACACUGAGGAGGAGCAUAAGGCCAGUCCAGCCUACGUCCCCACACAGCAGGGGGUGCCGCUGUCCCUGACGGUGAACUUUGACCUGCGGGCCCAUGUGGAGGGUCUGGGUCACGGGGUGGCGGGUUGUGGCGGGGUGUGUGUGUCGGCGAGACGCUGUGAGGGAUUCCUGACCAAACGCGGCGGCCGGGUCAAAACCUGGAGGCGCCGAUGGUUCCUGUUCGACCUCGACCACCGAAGACUGGCCUAUUACACUGAUCCUGAUGAGAGGAAGCUGAAGGGAGUGAUCUAUUUCCAGGCUAUAGAGGAGGUGUACUAUGAUCAUCUCCGUACCGCCACCACCUCUCCUCGGCCCAGUCUGACGUUCUGCGUAAAAACGUACGAGCGUCUCUUUUUCCUCGUAGCUCCGAGCGCCGAGAGCAUGCGGAUAUGGAUGGACGUCAUCGUCACGGCAACAGACGAGCACAGCAGAUACUGACCAGUACUCCUCCACCCAUCCUCCAACCACUCCUCCAUCCUCUACCACCCAUCCUUUCACCAACUCUCAUCCUCCAACCACUUCUCCAUCCUCCACACACUUUUCCUCCAUCCUCUACCACCUAUUCUCCAACCACCUCUCCACCCACUUCUCCUUCAUCCUCCAACCACUUCUCCAUCCUCUACCACCCAUCCUUUAACCACUUCCCCACCCACUUCUCCUCCAUCCUCCACCCACUUCAACCAUCCUACAACCCACUCCUACACCCACUUCUCCACCCAUCCUCCAGUGCCUUCUCCUCCAUCCUCCACAACUCCUCCACCUGCUCCUCAAUCACUCAGGACACUUGGAUUCCUGUGCUGGUAAAUGUUCUCUUAGUGUCUGUUGGAUGACUGGAUUCCUGCGUUCUUUCUUAGUGCUUUUUAAACAAAAUAACGCUGGUUCUGAACUGGUUCCUUUCAGGCUUUUAGAACCAUUGGUGCUUUUAGUGAACCGGCCCCUGUUUUCACCAGUUAUAGUGGACCCGAGGAUACUGUACGUCACAGCAUACGUGAUAUACAUACAUCAACAGAGGGAGCUACACAACCACUCUCUCUUUUUUUUUUUUCUUGGUGAAAAUGUUUUGAACGGUUUAAAAUUUGGUUAGCGAACCAGAAUAGAGUCCGUUCCACGUUGGUGGAAAAGUGCUAUCAGUGUGAGAACGGUCUGAAUAUAAUGUGGCCCUCCUGUGGCCAGUUUGAGAACUACACUACAUUACUGUGGGGACGGGAAUGUUAUUUAUUACGGGAAUACUUUGUUUAUUAACAUUAAAAUGUAGAAAUGUAAUGAAUGUAGGAGCGACUGUUACACAGAGAACACCUGCAGUAACUCCUGUUAUUAUUAUCAUUAUUACUGUUAUAAAUGCU